AUGCGCGCCAAGAAGAAGUUGACGGACAACGACCGGAAUGCCAUCCUCCAGCAACUACUCGCGCGAAUGAUUGACGACAAGGCACUGCCUAGAGCGAGCAGCUGUUGA